CUACUUGUCCAAGAGACAGAUAACAACCAACUUCCUUUUCCUCCUUUUCCUCUUACUGGCGCAAAUCACGUUAAAUAUGCUUGGGGAACAAACACAAAACAAAGGGGAGGUUCAGAAUUGUAAUAGUAGACAAGCAGCAACGACUAGUCAACAACAAAAUGAUACCUCAUCCAUCAACACCCCAAAUACCCAACAAAAACAACGAAAUGACUCCAAACCUCAAGGCAUUGUAUACCCCCAAACAAAUAUAUUUAACAAUCAACAAAAUCAUUCUUCACAACAACAAAACUCUUUUUGUGGGACUUACGGUACAGCGGCUGCUUUUCAUUUUACUAAUCCUUUCGUGUCUACUCUUGCUACUAAUAAUAACGGAAUUAUAGACAACCGUUUCAACGACCCCUUCUUUGGGGUUCUAAAUAAUUCAUCAAAUAAUACCAACAAUUUCAAUACAAUAAUUAAUAAUUCUGAUUUUCGUUGGGGAGGAAAUGCUGCUGCUAAUUUUUUUGAUGGAAAUACAGCAAGUAUUGGGAGAAUUGCAACGGCAAGGAUUGGGGGAAAUUCGACUAAAGUUGAGGAAAAUUCUGGAUUAAAUCUCUCACUCCAAUCUUCAACUAAUUCAAAUAGUCAGUCAUCUAAUAAUAAUAAAACUCCCAACAUUCAAAAUGGAAGGAAUAACAAUAAUAAUAUGAUGUUGUCUGUUAAGGAGGAGCCAAUUUCUUCUUCCUCUACCGCCCUUGUUGCAGCUACUUCCUCGUCAAGUACCAUUUCACCUUCUUCAUUAGCCAGAGUUUUUCAUGGGGGCAAACCUGCUACUGUAACGCUUUCUUGCCAUCAACCUACAGAUCCCUACUACAUUUUUAUUCGAAGCUUGUUAGCCUCUACAGGAAGCGGGCAAAUUCAACUUUGGCAGUUUCUUUUAGAAUUAUUAAUAGAGCCCUUAUGUUCAGAAAUAAUUUUAUGGGAAGGCGAACAAGGAGAAUUUAAAUUAUUAGAACCAGACGAAGUUGCCAGACGUUGGGGCGAAAGAAAAUCUAAACCACACAUGAAUUAUGAUAAAAUGUCGAGAGCUCUUCGUUACUACUAUGACAAGCAAAUAAUGACUAAAGUGCAUGGGAAGAGAUAUGCCUAUAAAUUCGAUUUUCCAGGUAGUUGUGGGCAUUUAAAAAUUUUGGGAAGGUUGGCCUUCGGAAAUUUUUAA